AUGGCGGAAAAAGAAGCUACUGUCUUCAUCCUGGACCUGGGUGCCCCCAUGGCUGAGAAGCACUCUGGUCGCGAGGAGUCAAACUUGGACUGGUGCAUGCGUUAUGUGUGGGACAAGCUCACUGACAUUGUGGCCGCCAACCGCAAGACCUUGUGUGUUGGCGUCGUCGCCCUAAGGACUGAUGAGACGCACAACCGUUUGCAGGAGGAUGAUGGAUACGAGAACAUUUCAGUUAUCCAGGAGCUGAGCAACUUGACCAUGUCAGGGUUGAGAGCUCUCCAAGCGUCCGUCAAGCCGAGCACGACAAGGCAUGGCGAUGCCAUCUCGGCCAUCGUGGUGGCAGUCGACAUGAUUGACACCUAUACCAGGAAGCUCAAAUGGAUUCGCAAGAUUGUGCUGGUGACGGAUGGCCAAGGCGAAUUGGAUGCUGACGACCUCGCCGACAUUGCAAAUAAGAUGAAUGCUUCGGGCAUUCAACUGACGAUUCUUGGCGUGGAUUUCGACGAUGCUGAAUAUGGAUUCAAAGAAGAGGACAAGCCAUCAAUCAAGGCCGAGAACGAGAAGACGCUCAAAGCUUUAGCCGACGCAUGCAAUGACGGCAUCUUUGCCACCAUGGCCGAAGCCAUCCAUGAGUUGGACACACCUCGAGUGAGGUCUGUUAAGCCGUACAAGACAUACGAUGGAGCCCUCACCUUGGGGGAUCCGGACAAAUACCCCACGGCAAUGAGCAUCAACGUGGAGCGGUACUUCAAAACUCACUUGGCCAGGCCAUUGGCAGCAAGCACCGUGGUUGUCAAGUCGGAGCAGGCCUCGCAGUCAACACACACCUUGGAGGUUGAUCCUAUGGACGGCGUGGAAUUCGCAGCUGUGAAGCAGGCUAGAACGUACAAGGUCAAUGAUCCCGAUGCGCCUGGUGGUAAGCGCGAUGUCGAGUUUGAAGCACUUGCCAAGGGGUACGAGUAUGGUCGCACAGCUGUUCACAUCAGCGAGUCGGAACACAACAUCACCAAGCUGGAGACGACCAAGAGCUUUUCCAUUCUGGGGUUCAUCUUGUGGAGUAAGUACGAACACUUUUUAAACAUGGGCGAAGUCUGCAUCACCCAUGCCAGAAGAAACGACACCCAGUCUGAACUGGCACUCUCAUCGCUGGUCUGGGCUCUUCUGGAGCUUGAAUCAUAUGCUGUUGCUCGCAUCGUGACCAAGGACGGCAAAGACCCCCUGUUGGUGUUGCUGGUGCCGCACAUUGAGCCCGAGUUCGAGUGCCUGUACGACAUACCUCUGCCGUUUGCCGAGGAUGUACGCACCUAUCAGUUUCCGCCGUUGGACAAGGUCAUCACCGUUAGCGGCCAGACGUUGACGGAGCAUCGGUUAUUACCUUCCGAUGAGCUCAGUGAGGCAAUGGGCGAGUAUGUCGACGCCAUGGACCUGUCUGCAUACGAAGUCGACGAAAAUGGAGAUCCAGCCGAGUAUGCACCCAUCGAUGAGUUAUUCAAUCCAGCUAUCCAUCGCAUAAACUUUGCCGUCAAGACGCGAGCCGUCCACCCUGAUAAGCCCAUUCCCGAAACUCCCGCCGCCUUGCUAAGGUUCGCGUCGCCACCCGAAGAUCUGACGGAAAAGGUUCAAUUAAAAGUCGACAGACUGAUUGAACUGGCUGACGUGAAGAAAGUACCACCCAGGGCCAAGGGUCGACGAAAUCGCGAACCCGUCAAACCAAUAUCCGGCCUGGAUGUUGACGCCCUACUCGGUCACGACACCAACAAGGGCAAGAUAUCCGAGACCAAUGCCAUUCCAGGCUUCAAACAGGUCUUGGGCACGGCCAACGACAUGCACGAGAUUGAAGACGCAUCAAAGCAGAUGGCGGCGGUCGUACGAUCGCUCAUCACAAACAGCUUCGGCGACAGCAAAUACAGCCAAGCGGCCGAAUGCCUGGGCGUCAUGAGAAACGAGCUGAUCGACAUGGAUGAACCGGGCUUGUAUAACGCAUUCGUGCGCGAUUUGAAGAAGAGCCUGCUCUCGGGCGCGCUCGGUGGCGACAGGAGGGAUUUCUGGUUCAAGAUGCGCUGGUCACGGCUGGGCCUGGUGGACCAGAAGCAGUCUGAAAUGUCGAAUGUUACGCAGGACGAAGCAGAAGAGUUUUACAAGUCGAGAUAG